UUGACGAUGCGCAAGCACUUGCCGGCGCCCCACAAUUUGCUGUCGCUAUUAUCCCAACAUAUAGCCAGACGGCAAGCCAUUCAGCAGAUCCACGCUCAACUACUCCUCACUGGAGCCUUCCACUCCAUCAACCCAACGUUAUGCAAUCCUUUGCUCCGCCAUUACUCGCUCGGAUCCUUCCCCCAAGAAGCCAUCCUCCUCUUCAAGCACCUCCAACUUCACCCCUUAUCUAUCUGCUUCUUCGACAGCUUCGCCUACUCCUUCCUUAUCAAGGCCGCCGCCAACUUGCAGGACACCGCUGCCGGUAAUCAGCUUCACGCCCUCACGUUCAGGGCUGGAUUCCAGUUCCACGUCUACGUGCAAACUGCUCUGCUCAACAUGUACGCGGAUUGUGGGUCGUUGGUUUACGCCAAGCAGGUGUUCGACGAAAUGCCUCAGAGAAACUUAGUUACCUGGAAUGCCAUGAUCACUGCCUUUGCCAAGUGGGGUGAUCUUCGGUUGGCACGUUCUAUGUUUGAGCAGAUGCCGACUGCCAAUGUUGUCUCCUGGACUGCGCUCAUUGCCGGCUACACCCGCGCAAACAAUCCCAGGGAAGCUCUGGCCUUGUUACGGAGAAUGGUCAUGGACAAUGGUAUUGUCAAGCCAAAUGAAGUAACAGUCUUGGCUGUUCUCCCGGCCAUAUGUAAUCUUGGGCGCCUUGAAUCUUGCCAAUCGGUUCAUGCUUACAUAGAGAAGAGUGGCUUCACCGCGUAUGAUAUUCAAGUUGCUAAUUCCCUUAUAGACACUUACGCAAAAUGUGGAUGCAUUAAUAGUGCAUUCAAAGUCUUCGAGGCUAUAUCUCAUGAGAAGAGGACUUUGGUGUCAUGGACAUCCAUAAUCUCUGGGUUUGCAAUGCACGGAAUGGGAAAGCAAGCAGCAGAUAGCUUCAAGCAAAUGAAAGAAAAGUGUUUAAAGCCAAACCAGGUAACCUUCUUAAGCAUCUUAAAUGCUUGCAGCCAUGGAGGAUUGGUCAAAGAGGGGAUUGAAUUCUUCAGAAAGAUGGUCGAUGAGUGUCAAAUUCUGCCAGAUAUCAAGCAUUAUGGGUGCUUGAUCGACAUGCUGGGGAGGGCCGGUUGGUUGGAGGAAGCCGAGAAGAUAUCUCUGCAGAUUCCUGGCCAGAUUUCCAAUGUUGUGAUAUGGAGGACGUUAUUGGGAGCGUGUCAGUUGUAUGGUGAUGUUCAGAUGGCAGAGAGAGUUGUGGGGAAGAUAAUGGAGAUGGAGAUGAGAUAUGGUGGAGACUAUGUGCUUUUCUCCAACAUAGUUGCUGGCUCUGGUAAAUUUGAAGAUGUUGAGAAGGUUAGGAGAGUGAAGGAUGAAAGGAACGCCUCGAAAGUUCUUGGCAUUAGCAUGGUCUGAUAAUUUGAAUGUUUACUAAUUGUAACAUUUAACAACAACGAACAACGAAGCAACGCAAGGCUGCACGGAAUUGAACUAUGGCAAACUGAAAUCCACGGAUGUGCCUGAAGGUACCGUAGUUGGUUUGCAGAAGGACACUGAUCGAGUUGGAUUUGUGCUCGUGCGUAUCCAUGGAGCGAACAACCCGCAAAGGGUAAAUAUAUCAACUCUAGAGAGAGUUACAUCUAGCUUUGCUGCCGGAGAUUGGGUGCGCUUGAUGGAAGAAAAUGGCCAGCACUCCCCUGUUGGGAGUUCUACACUCCAUACGACGAGAUGGAACUGGGUAUAUUGGUGUUCUUGGGCUAGAGACUAUCCGGAGAGGGCAUUGUUCUGAACUUGAGGUGGCAGAACCUUAAUUCUGUGGGACAGUUUGUGAGGUUAAGUGAAGAUGUCUUCAGUCAAGAUGUUGGUACUUUGCAAUGGGUGUCUUGUUGUAAGAUUUCCAGGGAGGUUUGUGUUUGGAGAUGAAUAUGAUAGCUUCUUGGCCGGUCCAGCUCAAGUGGGACUGGUGUCUUUCGAUAGUUGUCCUGGGAUAGUGAGUUUUGAGACAAAUAUUUAGCGAAAUAAGUGUAAAAGUAGAAAUUAAUAUCAUUUUAUUAAUUUUUUUAUUU